GAAUUCAGGAUAUCCUGACAAAUUGAGAAUGGUGUUGGAUGAAUCUAUGUGUGUUGUUCGCGAAGAUCUUACCGAUUGGUUACAACGCUAUUUGUUUUCUACCGUUGCCGCUCCUCCCAUCGACUCUGCCUUCCUUCUCCUUCGACUUCGUUCCGGUCUGUGGCUAUCACGACUCGCUUAUAAGCUACAGCUUUCAGUUCUGCAGACCAGUUCAGGCGCAGCACCCCCAAAUAAACCUGCUUCGAAGGACAGGGAUUACAACUUUUUGCGUGGAGCCGUCUCAAAUCAGAAUUUGCGGAAGGUUUGCAAAGCGUCUCUGCCACUGUUUCCCCAUACCCUGGUGGUGUGCGCUGGUUUACCCUUGCGCCAACCGGAUGUCUGUUCUUAUUCCCUAUCGGACACUUAUCCUAGUGAUGUAACAACCAGUUCUUCUUCAGCCUACAGCUCCUCAGACUCGCCGGAACAUUGUCCACAAAGCCGCCCAGAGUCUUCCAAACACGUUACGCGUGUUGCUGAUCAAUGGGCGGCACGUGACAAUGUGUCCUGUUUUAUCCAGUGGUGCAAGGACCUUGGCAUACCACAAACCGUUCUGUUUGAAACAACUGGCCUUGUUCAUCGUACCGAAGAAAAAAACGUGUUACUCACGCUGAUGGAAUUGGCUCGAAUUGCAAGCCGAUUUGGACUGACCGACCUACCCGAACUGGUUCGUCUGGAGCGAGAAAUCGAUGCGUUGGAGGAAGCUUUAAGUGGAAGACUUGAGGGUGAACCGUUAUCGUUAGAUUCGAUUCCGAACCCAUGCACACGCACCGAAUUUAUUAAAGAGGAUCAGUUUGUUGAUGAGGGGAUUGCAGAGGACCAUGAUGAAAAGGCGAACCUAUUCAUUCUCGAGUCCGAUAAUGGAUUAGGCUCGUCGGAUGUGGAUCGGACACCAAAGCCACCAGAACCUCAGCCGCUUACGAGAAUGAGAUCUGUUGAAGUGGAUCCCGCCGUACACAAUGGCUCUUCAAAAUCUACGUUCACAAGUUUUAUUGCAGAAGAAGAAGAGAAAAGAGAAGAAAACCCAUCAAAUCCGGUAGUAUUAGCUAGACCGACCCAGUUCAUGAGCUCCAUGGUCAGUGACAAGCUUUCGGACAAGUGGGCUAUGAAAGAUGGCUCUGCUCAGACUGUGGGUCCAGCCGGUGAUGUUUGGACAGGUGCUCAUGAUAAUGAGCGGCACGACACAAUUUCGUCAGAUAUUAGUAGGACUUCUGGUGUCACUUCGGGCCGAUUGUCUGACGCUUUUGUUGAAAACCAGAUCUCGGGUCAUCGACCUUGUAAGUCUAGGCUCUGUACUCCGCCUCACCAUCAAUCGCAGAUAGAUUUUGUAGUCCCCGGUAAAAGGCGAGCCAGUCAACCACUACCAGAAUCCUAUAAUGGGACACCGAAUAAGGUCGCAAAGGCGGCCACCUUUGCGUGCGCGACUGAUUCGUUGGCUGAGGAAGAUGAAAUACCGUACAACGGCACAGUUUCCUGUUUGACUCCGGUGAAGUUGGCUACACCGCCAACCCCGGUAACCGUGAUGCGUCAGCUCCGGUUGGCCUGUAAUGAGAAGAAAACGAACGAGUCUCCUCAACGUACAAACGAAUCGUCGAGGAAUCCUGUCUGUUUGCUUUCGCCGACACAUUCGUGUCAUAUGAACUCCACAGCAUCCCAUCUUCGAACAACCGCCAAGAAUGUGUUCGGUGAAGCACACUUUCUGUCGGAGCAGGUAGAAAAGAAACUAGCCUUGUGCACCUGCUGUAAUCGGCUGCAUAUACAGCGGUUAGAAGAAGGCAGGUACAAGGUGAACGGCCGUAUCUACUAUUUCCGACGUUUCAGGAACCAUGUGAUGGUUCGCAUUGGUGGGGGUUGGCUAACUUUGGACGUGUUUCUUAGUCGGCAUGAUCCUUGUCGUCGUGGCAAGUGUGUUCCUGCAGCUGUUCCCGACUCUCGAAUUGCUUUGUCUUCUUCCGUAUCAGAUCUUCAAAAGACAGAUUUUGACUCAAAGAAGUCGCUGAUAUCAAUGACCACUUCAGUGAUGGCGCUAAGCCGCGAAUCGUCUGCUCGCAGUACCUCUAGUGACCAAAGUCAGUCAGAAGUCAAUGAAGUUGUGAACACUGAAUCUUCCCAACCUCUGAACUCAAGCCACCCUAACCUGUUUAUUGGCGCACCAUCCACAAACCCAAAAUCUCUGAGUUUAUCAACCAGUCGACUUCCCGUUCCGGUGCGUUCAUCCCACGGGCAGUCUGACAUUUCUGAAGGCACUGGACCCACAGAUAAUUAUUACAAAAUUAUUCCUAGAGCACCAAGUCACUCUUCAAUUUACCGAGGCUCUAUCAACUCGGCUGCACGCCAUUCUCGUGAGUCAUCUCAACGGAGAUUAUCCGAAAGUUCAUCUUCGCGUGUCUUAUCCACAACAACCGUUAACAGUCCCUCUUUGCGCAUCUUAUCACAUGUAGCGCAUAGUUCUCAAGGGAGUGCAACCAAGCCGAACCUACCUCAGGCUCCUACUCGCAUCCCAGUACCCAGGAAAAGUGUUUCCAGAGUGUCUGGUUCUACUCAGAAUUCCGGAUCAUCAAUCCCAUCCCUCACUCAUUCACUACUUCCCACCAAGACAUAUCACGAUGAACACCAAUAGGCAUUAACGGAAUCUUGAAUAAUUACGGUUUACUCAACAGAUCUUUUCUAACAAGAGCGUUUUCAAUCUUGAAGCCAUUCCGCUUAUUGAAUGAGGAUAAAUAAUAAAGAUUUCCACGUUGGACGAAUUCAUCAACCUGGGUUUCAUCCUUGUUUUGACCCUGAUUCUUAUUUGUGUUUUAUUCAAACCUAUCUCGGCCUUGUUUGCCGGUUGUGAUAUGUACUGAAACCUAUUAUACGUGUUAUUUUGUCUUGUUUUCCCUUUGAUUCAGCUUGUGUCUCUUGAUAUCAUGAGUCGUUUGAGUAUAAACGGGUCCGUUUUCG